AUGAAAGCCACAGUGCCACUCAUCAGGCUCCUAAUGUUCAUCACCUCAAAAAUCAAUCCUCUGAGAUUUCUUCGCAGAUCGCCUCGGAUACAACGAAGCCCGCUUCGCGCCUACAUCAGUCGUAGAAGACGCAACCACAGUCGCAGAUAUCUCGCAAGUCUCAUGGCGAUCUUACUCAGUCUUCAGUCCGCUGAAGGGUGCUCGGAAGUUUCAACACUUACGGCUCAUGAAACGGUAUGCCUCACCACUGAAGACACAGAAACCUGUACAUUCAACGAAGCUACCCUCAUCACCUUACAACCGCUCCAACAGGAAAGCUGCUUAACGUUGAGGGAUAAACUUAACAAUCCUAUUGGAAUCAUCUCCAUCAAAGUGAAUGGAAUUGACUUCCAAUGUCAGAAGAACGUAGAAUUAUUCACCCGCGACCACAAGCUGCUCUCGGAGUCAGUUCAUCGCUGUUACCAUGCCGGCAGCUGUAUCCCAAAUGCCUGUGAUAGCACAACGCCAUCGGACAAAAUCAAAGAAUUCUCAGACACUGCGAACAAUAGUCCAGGAUAUUCUUUCUGCUCUAGGAGCUGUGGAUGCCUUUUUUGCGAUGGAUGCUUUUUCUGCACUCCAAGCUGUUUGUUCCAUCGACUUUACGCGGUACCAACGAGCCAUACUAUCUACACUGUCUUUACGUGCCCAAGCUGGGAAAUCGUCAUUAACGUCGACAUUGUACUACAACAACAAGGUUCAACAUCAAGUGCCACGCUGGAACUCCAACCAGGACGCACAGCAUCGUGGAACAACAUCCGCCUCAGUCUCAUCGGUAACAUCGUCCCUCAAUUACCGAUACUGUCAUCAACCUUCAUGGAAACAGGAACUGACAUUUCAAUAGUGAAACCAGUUCAUAGAGAGAAACUCGAACCUCACAGUGCAGGGCAACUACAAUGUCCCACGAGAAGAGCAGCCGAGGAAUUUGGAUGUAUCUUUCCUAGCACCUCAUGCACAUGCAAAAAAGGCCUCCAGAAAGUAUCCUGCGCAUGUAGCCCAGGAGAUAUGGAAGCCCUCAUGCGAGCAUGUCCUCUACCCCAGUCGUCGAAAAUUUUCGAUUUACUACGUCACAACGCCAUACUAGCAAAGACCAAUGCGGAAGCGCCAUCCAACUCCAUCUCGGUAGCGGAAGAUCUGAAAAUUACCUCUCGUCAGUCGAACAGUUCCUGCCGAAGUUGA